AUGAGAGCUUUUCUGGAGGAUGCCGAUAAAACAACAAUCCAAACUGAAGGAGAGAAGACUUGGGUGGCCAAUGUUAGAGACUUGGCCUACGAGGUUGAAGAUAUCAUAGACGAAUACAUGUAUUACAUGAACAAGCAAAAAGUAUAUGGUAAAUUCACAAGGUUCAUCCGUCAGAUAGUCUACGCCCCAAAGAAUCUAUGGGUGAGGCAUCGAAUAGCCACCAAGUUACAGAAGAUCAACAGCAUGAUCAAAGCCAUCCCAGAAAGAAACCGACGUUAUGGGGUCGAUCGUGUAGGAGAAGCAAGCUCAAGCUCCCAAGACCAUCAGAGGCGGCUGCCAAACCUCAGCGAGUCUUCUCUAUUUUUUAAAGAUGAUGAUCUAGUGGGGAUCGAAGAUGGAAAGAAACAACUAUUGGACUUGUUGGUGGACAAAGAAGAAUCACAACGCACGGUCAUUUCAGUGGUGGGGAUGGGUGGUUCAGGUAAGACCACUCUGGUUGCCCAGGCCUACAACAGUCGAAUUGUCAAGAGACAAUUCGAUUGCUAUGCAUGGAUAACUGUAUCCCAAACAUAUGUAGCCGACGACUUACUUAGAAGCAUGAUUAAGGAAUUCUACCGUGGUGCCCAGGAAGCAAUUCCAAUGGAUUUAAGCAAUAUGAGCUAUAGAGAGCUCAUAGAGAUGAUUACGAACUUCUUACGGUUGAAAAGGUACGUAAUUGUCUUUGAUGAUGUAUGGAGUAGUAACCUCUGGAGGGAUAUACAUGUAUCACUUCUUGAUGAAGGACUAGGAAGUCGUGUCAUACUUACAACCCGAAAAGAAGACAUAGCUUCAUUUUCUUUUGGGGUAAAAAGUCAUGUCCAUUACACCAAAUUGUUGGGUGUAAGUGAUGCGUGGAACCUCUUUUGUAUGAAAGCUUUUUCAAGCAAUCCAAAUAGAUGUUGUCCCCAACAUCUCAAAACCUUAGCUCAAGACCUUGUUGCAAAAUGUAAAGGGCUUCCUCUUGCAAUUGUAGCUUUGGGGGGUGUCAUGUCUUCUAAAUAUCUGGAGUCGGAAUGGAGAAAUAUUUAUAACAGCUUGAGCUGGGAAUUGAGCAACAACCCUGGGUUAGAAGUUGUGAAAACUAUACUGUUGCUUAGCUACAAUGAUUUGCCAUACCGACUAAAGUGUUGCUUCUUAUAUUGUUGUCUUUUCCCGGAAGAUUAUGAGAUCAGACGAAAGAGGCUCAUUAGACUUUGGAUGGCAGAAGGGUUCGUAGAAAAGGUAAGGGGCAGAACACCAGAGGAGGUAGCAGAAAGCUACCUUAUGGAGCUUAUUUGCCGUAGCAUGCUUCAAGUCAUAAAUAGAAACGAAUCAGGAAGGCCAAAAAUAUGUAAGAUGCAUGAUCUUAUCCGUGAGCUUGCAAUUUCUGCAUCUGCAACAGAGAAGUUUUGUGUUGUAUAUGAUGGGUGA